AAGGAACAACGAUUCAUCACCACGGACCCUCACAGAACGCGAGAUUUCGGGUGAAUGCCCGAUCCGUGUAGCUCAGUCAUUACUCUUCACUGCCACUCCACUCGAAAGUGCAAAUAGACGCUGCACAGCCGUCUUGACAAAAGGUGCCUGCGCUUGAACGCGUAACGCGCAGCCACCUGCCCAUGCAAAGCGCAUUACCUUCUUCUUCCAACUCUUUCCUUUUUAGCUCGUGUUGACUACGCAUUGCCUUGUGUUCAAGCGGUUGACUAAUCUGUAUUAUUUCAGAUUGGCAUUUUGCCGAGUCGGGAAUAUCUGUCCUGCGGCUCUCAAGGUCAAAUAGCGCAGCAAAUUGCUUGAAUAAAUAUGCGCCUCAGCGACAGAGGCAACUCCGUGUACGUACGGGUUGGCUCUGAGCUUGUUUAUUUUAAUGAAUGGCGGCGCCGGCGACCCUAUCCCCCUCCUAACUUGGCUUGUAUUACCUAUUUCGAGAUAUGGCAGGUGGAACUCUGAUUCGAACUCAUGCAGGCGUAUAAACGCUGGAAGACACCGCCGGCACCCCUCUUGAAUGCCAAUGUGGCCGACGCUGGGAGUAUAAGAAGGAGACGAGUCGACUGGUUACGUGUUCUCAAAGAAGUAACUACUCCGAACUCUUUUACUGUGCGGUUACCCCGAAUGAGACCACACGACACUCUAUCAGACUCUCUUAGCAUCCGCUCGCGCUGGUACGCCAGACGGGCCGUUGGCCUGGUUUACGAUCUGCGGAGCGACCCGCGGCACACGUACAUUGCGACGUAUAACGGCGACAUGGCAGAUUUGUGCGAGCCCGCUACACGCCACCCUUCGCGAUACAUGCGCAUCAUUAUACGGCCAAUUCCCGGAAUUGAGCUUUCGGUCGAUGUUACCAGCGGUGCCUACGUCACCGUUGGCCAAGUACUCUGGGCUGUAUACUGCAAGCUUCGUCAGCCCAUCGCACAGUACGAAUGGUGGGCCCUGUCCAAGGACGAACGGCGCGAUGUGGCGGCUGCGUUCUAUAGGCGACUCGAAGCAUCCUCCCGCCCUCAGUACGACUACUACAAUGGCGUGAGGGGGGUUGAUUUGUUCUGUGGCGAUACAACGUUUCGAGGCCUUGAGCCAUCCUAUAAAGGUAGCGAUGUUUGGGAACUUGUGAUUCGAAAGAAUGCAUGAUACUCCGUGCUGCACCUGCCCUCACUUGUUCGUUCACGUUUUUGAAAGCCUACCAGUUGCAAACCACAUUCGUAUCGUCACAAUGCUUUUAACUAGCUAUAACUCUGAUAACUGUAUCAUUAGCCUACUCUGUCUCGCAUGAAUUUGUAUCAACC